CAACAAAGAGAUUGCAACCACAAACCGUGUGGCCCUACUUCCCCAUUUUCUCCGCAUCAAAGCCAGUCUUCCCACAGGAAACACUUAUCCUAGUCUUCGUCUCUUCUGCUCUGUUAUAUUGUUAAUCUAUUUCUUUCACCAACAAGUCCUCGAACUCUUCACAUUUUAUAUUGUCUGUAUCCCUAAUUCCUGGUUUUAUGCUUGAUGAUCGCUUUGUACAGCGUUACUAGCCUCUGAUUCAUUCUUGUCGCUCGGGUUUUAUUGAAGAGAUUCGAUGAGCAACUUGUAGAGCUACAGUUCAUCUUGGCGGGCUUGGAUUUAGGGGAGUUCCUGAUGCUCUGAUCUUUGGAGUGCAGAUUUGAGGUUUUUGACACCUGCCCUUUUACUUAUUCAGUCUAUUCUCAAAUGGGUUGGUGAUGUCUUUGAUGCUUGACCGCAUUUGGACAUCAAGUUUUUAUUUUGAAUCUUCUACUGAUGUUGCUGUAACUGCCGAGUGAGGUGUUUGAUGAUUUGUGUGUUAUCUGUUUGAUGGCUAUUAAUUGCAAGAGAACUCGGAUCAGAGAUGCGGCUACUCGCCGUUUCUUGUCCGUAGUUUCACUUACAUUGUUGGCGGUUUUGCUACUGAUUGUUCUACUUAGAACACAUUCAGUGGCAACAGCAGUAGAUGAAGUAAAUGAGUAUUUUGAUGGAAGUUACAAUUAUUCACAGAUUAAAGAAAAACUUAACCUCCCCUGGCAGAAUAAGUUUUCAAUUCAAUUGGAAAAGCUAAACCAGUUGCCUCCUAGAAAUAGAGAUUUAUACCCAAAUCUAGCAAAGGAUCACAUAGUUAUUGUACUAUAUGUACACAAUCGAACCCAGUAUCUGAAGAUAGUUGUAGAGAGCUUGUCUCAGGUACAAGGAAUUAGUGAGACUUUACUGAUAGUUAGCCAUGAUGGGUACUUCGAAGAAAUGAACAAUAUUGUGGACAGUAUUAAAUUUUGCCAAGUGAAGCAGAUAUUUGCCGUUUAUUCACCCCAUGUAUUUCCCAAUAGUUUUCCCGGUGAAUCGCCUGCUGACUGUAAGGAUAAGGAUAAUGCAAGAAAGAAGCACUGUAAUGGGACCCCUGAUCAAUAUGGGAACCACAGGUCACCGAGGAUAGUGUCGCUAAAGCACCAUUGGUGGUGGAUGAUGAACACAGUGUGGGAUGGAUUAAAGGAGACCCGCGGGCGCAUUGGUCAUAUUCUUUUCAUAGAGGAGGAUCAUUUCAUCUUUCCCAAUGCGUAUAGAAACUUACAAAGACUUGUAGCACUGAAACCUCAGAAAUGCCCUGAUUGCCAUGCUGCAAAUUUAGCCCCUCUUGAUGUAAACUCAAGAGGAGAAGGGAAGGAUACCUUAAUUGCAGAGAAGAUGGGAAAUGUGGGCUAUUCAUUUAAUCGAACGGUGUGGAGAAAAAUUCAUAGGAAGGCGAGAGAGUUUUGCUUCUUUGAUGAUUAUAAUUGGGAUAUAACAAUGUGGGCAACAGUUUAUCCCUCUUUUGGUGCUCCCGUUUAUUCAUUACGAGGGCCCCGUACUAGUGCGGUUCACUUUGGAAAGUGUGGUUUGCAUCAGGGCCAUGAGAAGAAAGGUGCUUGCAUUGAUAACAGUAAGGUUAAAAUUCAGGUAGAAGAUGCUGACAAGGUUCCCAACAUUGUAUCAAAAUGGGGCGUGCGGGUCUAUGAGCUUCAGCAAGGGUAUCGUGCUGGGUUCAAGGGAUGGGGAGGCUGGGGAGAUGAGAGAGACCGUCAGUUGUGCUUAAAUUUUGCUCUCAUGUAUCACUCCACAAAUAUUGGUUAUACUGCCUGAAGACAUAAGAUUUGGCCCAGUCCUAUACUCUUUUGUUGUAUCUGGUGAGUUUCGGGAGAUUUAUUUUGUAGCAGUUAUAUGUUCGUAAUAUCUUUUUUAUUGAAUUAUUUUUUUUCACAACGGUUUAGAAAUGAAAUUAGAUUUUUCUUUUUA